GCUUCGACGACGGCGGUAUAUUCCUCUGCCAGUGCGCCGGUGGACGACGACGAGUCGCGAUCAUCCGGCCGGAUACCCCCCUCCCCGAUCGCCGGAUCGGUCGUUACACGUUAUUGUAGGAGUCUCCCGCGGACGGACCUUGCGGCGGACUACUCGCAGCUUGCGUUAACGUAUAAGUAUACGGCGGAGUCACAAAUAUACGCGGGGGAUACGUUUGCGUACGGAGAUAUACGUUGUUGUUGUACGUAUAUAUACACGCGCGGGAGAGAUACUCCACGAGAGAGCCAAGAUGCCGCUCUUCGGGAAGAAGGACACGAACAAGAAGAUCAAGAAGGACGGGAAGGACGACCGAUCGCCCUCCGUCGAGGACAAGUACGUCCUGAAGGAUCUGCUAGGAACGGGAGCAUUCUCUGAAGUGAGGCUGGCGGAAAGUAAAGAGAAGCCAGGUCAAAUGUUUGCCGUAAAGAUCAUCGACAAAAAGGCGCUAAAGGGCAAGGAAGAUUCGCUAGAGAACGAAAUCAAAGUUCUUCGAAGGUUCAGUGAAAGUGCGACACCACAGAGUGGUGGCGGAUCGCUCAAGUCGGAUAGUAGUGGCGAAAAGAGAUGGCUAACCCACCCCAAUAUCGUUCAAUUGCUGGAGACGUUCGAGGACAAGCACAAAGUCUACUUAGUCAUGGAGCUGGUCACUGGCGGUGAGCUAUUCGACAGGAUUGUCGAGAAGGGCUCGUACACAGAGAAGGACGCGUCCGGUUUAAUAAGGCAAGUGCUCGAGGCGGUGGACUACAUGCACGAACAGGGUGUCGUUCACAGAGAUCUCAAACCGGAGAAUCUCCUGUAUUAUAGCCCGGACGAGGACAGCAAGAUCAUGAUCAGCGAUUUCGGCCUAUCGAAGAUGGAAGACUCCGGGAUUAUGGCGACCGCUUGCGGCACACCGGGAUACGUCGCACCCGAGGUUCUCGCGCAGAAACCGUACGGCAAAGCGGUGGACGUGUGGAGUAUAGGGGUCAUCUCGUACAUCCUCUUGUGCGGAUAUCCUCCGUUUUACGACGAGAAUGACGCCAAUCUGUUCGCACAAAUUCUGAGAGGUGAAUUUGAAUUUGAUUCACCGUACUGGGAUGAUAUCAGUGCUUCUGCAAAGGAUUUCAUUGAAAAGCUAAUGUGCGUCAAUGUUGAGCAACGUUAUACGUGCAAGCAGGCCCUUGCGCAUCCCUGGAUUUCUGGCAACGCAGCUAGCAAUAAGAACAUUCAUGGUACUGUAUCCGAACAACUUAAAAAGAACUUCGCCAAGUCGAGAUGGAAGCAAGCGUACCAUGCGGCCACGGUCAUACGUCAGAUGCAACGGCUGGCGCUAAACAGCGGCCAGCAGCAGCAGCAGCAACAGGAGGGUACGGGCUCGAUCGGCCCCUCCAGCGGCAACCCUAUGCAAUAUCGAGAGCAAUCGCAGGUCAGCUACAACCAGCACACGGGGUCGCUGGGGCCGUCGCCGCCGCCCUCGAGCAAUCUCAGCAAUUGAGGCGGACGCGCGGGCCGUUGCUCACCGUGUCGAGCCUGAUGUUUACGAAUCUCACUUCUCACUUCCAUUCCAAUCACUCCCGC